CUGUAGGUGUCAAACGUCGUUCACACAUCGUUUUCACGUUCUUGUUUGUGAAUAUUAUCUGUUUUAAGUGCAGCGUCCCACUUAAAAAUUGUGAAAAAUCGAAGAACAAAGUAUUCUUCUUGCAGUGCAUCAUAUUUAUUGUAACUUGUAACUAUUUAUUGCUGAAAAAAUGGCUUCAAACGAAAAUACGUCGAACAAAGCUGCAGAUAAUGGAAAGAAGCUGAACGUCGGCAACUUGCCCGUCGAUGUUACCGAAAAAGAGCUGCGCGAUCACUUCAAGGAGUUCACCGUGGAGAAUGUUGAAAUUUUCCACUACUUGAAGUACACCUUGGCUUUGCUGUUGUUCAAGGAUAAGGAUACAGCCACCAAAGCUCUCAAGGCCAAGGAGGGCACCUUGUUCCGCAACCGCCGGCUGCGUAUGCAUAUCGAAUACAUCGCUAUUUGGAACAUUAAGAAGAACGUUUUUGUUUAUGUCGUUGAUGAUAACACUACUGAAGAAGAUGUGUACGACAAAUUUAAGACCAUCACCGAGGUGACCGGUGUCCUGGUUUUCCACCCUUUGGCGUACGUUUCGUGCAACACCCAGGAACAGAAGGAGGCGGCCAUCAAGGAGCUGAAUGCGGAAGAAACCACCGUUUACGAUCUGACCGGACAUGAUCAGAACCAUCACAUUGAAAUUUGGCGCGCUGCCAAGUUAUUCUUCCGAAACUUGAACCGUGUAUCACUUAUUAAUUUGCCCGAAAGCUGGGUUUCGAACCAGGAAGAGCUGAAGAAGGCCGUCGAAGGCACCGGCACUUUGACCGAGGUUAAGGUCAUCAACAACAGCCACGGUUCGGUGGCCCAGCUGUUCUACGAGGACGAAGAUACCGCUAGAAACGCAUCACAGACUCUAAACCAGCAGGUGUUUGAAGGCAAACGGAUCCAUGCUCUUCACGUUACUGCUGCUCUCAUUCCAGACUACACCUCGAGCGUGUACCUGACAGGGUUGGAAAAACCCAUUUCCGAAGAGACCAUCUACUCCCAUUUUGAACAGUUUGGAGAGAUCGAGUUUGUCAGCCGUCGCAAGUGUGCCGAUGAGCAUGCCAUUAUUUGCUUCAAGAACAGCAGUGCCGUUGAAGCGGCCUUGGAGUGCAAAACGUUGCCCGUUCCUAAGCCGGACAGCGAAGAAACCGAGGAUAAAACCAUCGGAGUUAAAAAAUACAACGGUCCAUUGAUUAUCGAUCUGAAACCAUCACACGUUAAAAAAUUGCUGGAAGAUGGCGAAGAAUCCAAGAUGCGCCCGCCGCCCCUACCGCUGGCCAAGUUGUGGCCAAUCUACGUGUCCAACCUUCCGUACACUGCCGACAAGCGCGACAUGCGGGAUUACUUCUCGAGCGUUGGUGGACACAUCAAGUUCAUCUUCUCGCCGAACAUCCCGGCGUACAAAACCAGCCAAACGUCAAUGGUGAUGGCUGCGUUGAUUUACUACGCUCGUCGUGAACAGGCCACAGACGCUAUCAAGGCUUUCAACGGAAAGCACUUCCAGAACCGCUGCCUGCACGUAUUCCCGGGACGCAAGGACACCUACUUUAACCCGGAAACCUCGGUUCGCCUGGUUCGACUCACCAUUGGUGUUAGCGAAGAAAAGCUGUUUGAAAAAUUCCGCAAGUUUGGCUUCAUCGAGUGCGUCGUGAAGCGUAACCGAAACACCGCGUUGAUCGAGUUCCGUGACAAGGAAGUUUGCGACAAGGUGCUGCAGCUUCCCGACGGCGAAAAGCCCGUGCGCUGCGGAAUCGAACCGCUAACUACGAAGGUUAACCGGAAGAUUUUCAAAGAAAAUGACGAAAAGAUCUCACUGGCGAUGCAGGAAAUCAUCGACAAGAACCCGGCUGUGCUCGAGAACGUGCAGUCGAACCGGUUCAGCGGUCCACCACCACUCAAGCGGGGACGCUUCAAUGGACCAGAUCCGAACUUUGGCAACCUUGGCAACCGGAACGAUUUUAAUUCGAUGAACAGCAACAAUGAUUUUAGCAACCCACAGGUCAUCCAGGACCUACUGCGUUUGGCGUUUAUCUCGGGUAAAAAUCUGGGCGAGGGUCUGGCUAGCGGAAACAACAAUCCGUUUAACAAUAGCUCCGAUUCACCACUGUCCAGCUUGAACCUGGCCAACGGGUUCAGCGGUCGUAACUUUGGCGGUGGUUCGAACAACGGAUUUGGUAAUAACUCGGGAAACCGAGGAAAUUUUGGAAAUAACCAAAAUAACUUCAACAACCGAAACAAUUCUGGAGGAAACCAGAACAAUAGAAACAACUUUGGAAACAAUGGAAACAACGGAAACAAUGGAAACAAAUUUGGCAACAAUUCACAAAACAAUCAAAACCAGAACCGAAACAACAACAACCAAAACCAGAACCAGAACCGCCAAGGGGGGGGAAAUCAGAACAGACGCUUCUAAGAGCGUUACGCUUCUUUCCUUCCUUUUUAUUCUUCUUUGAUAUCGUAGCUGGAAGCCGUUUGGGUUUAUGGACGCAAACGUGCUACGAAGAACAAUUUUGAGCCGGCAGUCGCUUUGAAUCCGAUAGUUCCAGCGAGCAGAUAAGAUUUAUAGAACAUUGUGACGAAAUACAUAUUUAGCAAGAAAGAUGACGAGAAAGAUGAUGAACUAAUGAUUACAUAACAAAUUUGAUGAUAAAAAAAAAUCACACACUUUCAAUAAUUACAACAAACAUUUACGAUUUAACGGAUUUUAGACAACCUUGAUUUGAUGUGCAUGAAAUUUAUAAAAUAUUAAAGACAAACAUAUUGUAUCUCCAUUGGUAGUUUUAUGAUUGUAAGUACGUUUAAGAUUUGAUUUUAUUUAAUCACAAACAAUUACACUGUUCCAUGAAAACAAAACAAAAAUACUUGAAAUUAUUACAUACAAUUAAAUGACGAUAAGUAGGUGAGAAAACAAUGAAAAUUUGAGAUAAAAAAAUAAUUGUAUUAGAACAUUAAUCCGCUUUGGACCAGAAAAUACACAGUAAAUAUUGAAAACUCCUAUCGGUGGGCAUUGAGGAUGUAAUUUUGAGAUUAUGAAAAACAUGUUUAUGUGCUUCUUUUCUCUUCAUGACGCCCCGAUGGAUUUGCAUGAAAUGAUUACAUAUAUAAAACAAGAAAAAAAAAAACACUAUACCGUAUCUGAUAAAAAUAAAACAUUUUGUCUUUGCAUCUUGGAAAAUUACAUAAAACAAACAAUUACGAUAUAGUGGAAAUUUGUCGCACUUAUCUUAAAACAGUGUGGCUGUCAACUGGAGUAAAAAUCAAUACAUGAUAUCGAAACAUAUUUCAGUGCUGCAAUUUGCACAAUGAUUGCAGAACACUUUCAAUGAUGGUGAUUUUUUUUUGCGAAAUUUUUAUGAGAGGUGGCAGCCACCUGGUGCGCAAAAUGGUAGAUAUUAACUGGUUUUUCUGCUUGUUUUUUCUUACUUUCUUUAAAUAUUAUACUUUUUUCGUGUUUAAAUGGCAUAGAUAAAGGCUGCGAUUUUUUUGUUUCCUUUUCCACUUUAAAAUUACCAUUUGUAACUCUUAAUCGCGAGCACUUACAAUAUGCACUGAGAAAAAAUGGAGUUUAAAACUGACAAAAAGGUUCGUAAUUGGAAACUGGUUCAAUGCUGGUGAAUUCCCAUGUCUGCGCUGAAAUGAAUGCCGCCGGUACUACGAGUUGGUAAUGUGCGCCCUGGUUAGGAGAUUAUGCGACCAGCAGACCGACUGGGGAACAACUGCCUGGAUACACUAUAGUCGUGUGUAGUUGGGGUGGGUCAGGGUGAGAGCUUAACCACCUCAACUUACCCCGACAAAAAAACUACAUGAACGAGCCUGAGGUCGAAAUGAACACACUAACACACUGAAAGAUUGUUCAAUAUCAGUUGGUAUUUGGACAAGAGAAAACCUUGACUAAACUCAAUUUUAGUGUGAACGAUGGAAACAUUCUACUAUUAGAAUAAAAUAGUGCAAACUGUAUUUAAAAUCCAAA